AUGUCUACCAACCGAAGAGACUACAAUGAUCUCCCUUUUUCCUUCAACAACGAGUACUAUGCAGAUGCUCAAGGUCUCGUCUGCGGUUCCGAUGGCCUGCUGCACGACCCCAGCCACCGCGAAACCAACGGGCAGCGACAACAACGUGUCAACGAGCGCUGGGAAGAGAACACAUUGGACAGUGCGCAACUCGAGAAGGCUGGGAGGUUGAAGGCGUGGGGUGUGCACCCUUCCAUCAUUCAUGUAAUCGUGGGUUGGCCUGCUCAAGGGUUGUCUGAGGAGGAGAGGGAUGUGAUUGUCGCGUGCUGUGAAGAUGAGAGGUUACAGCUUAGACAGAAUUGA